CGAGUUCGUUUGCAAAAUGAAGUUGACUGUCCUACUACUCUUUGUUGCUUCAGUCUAUGGGUCGCCCAUAGAAGAAGGGCUUGAAGUUCAAGUACAAAGUGAGGUAGACCUUGGACAAGAUGAAGUGGCAAAGCCUUUUGGCGAACUACCGACUGAGGAAAAGACAUACCCGCGUUUCAUCGAAUUCCCUGAUGGGGAAGGAAAUAUGCAUACAGUCGAUUUAGAGGCAGAGCCAAAUAUGGAAGCUAUUGAAGACUAUACAAGGAAUCCUAAUAACAAUGAAUAUCUUUUGUGGACUAGGCGUACCCAAAUAUUCUCUGAGACGUUAGAGAUGAAUAACGCGAACUCGAUCACGAGGUCUAGUUUCAACCCCAAUGUACCAACUGUUGUUAUUGUUCACGGCUGGCUAAGUUCUCGGUACACAGAUCCCAACCCUACUGUUAGACGAGCCUACCUUAACAAAGGCAAUUUCAACGUAAUCACUGUCUGCUGGAGGCGUUUGGCUGCCAUGGACUAUGCCACUGCUGCUCGUGGGGUCCCCGCUAUUGGUAGAGGAGUUGGACAAUUCCUCAUUUUCCUGAACCGUGUGACUGGCGCUCCAUUCGACCAGAUGCAUCUGGUCGGGUUCAGUUUGGGUGCUCACGUAGUCGGUAACGCUGGAAGGGAGACUGGAGGCCGCGUUGCUCGUGUCACUGGUUUGGAUCCGGCUGGUCCUCUAUGGAACUACAACAGGGAACGACUAUCCGCCAGCGAUGGUAUCUACACCGAGUCCAUCCACACUGACGGUGGAUUAGGUGGUCUUGGCAUUGGAUCUGCUAUCACUCAGGUUGACUUCUUCCCUAACGGAGGGAACUCUCAACCUGGUUGUCUAUUGAACAUGUGCAACCACAACCGAGCCUGGGAGCUUUUUGCUGCCUCAGUCACCCACAACCACUUGAUUGGCAGAGAAUGCACGAGCACCACUCAGAUUACGUGGAAUACCUGCCGUGGUCAGCAACUGCAUCUAGGCAACGACAACUUGAGAAAGACUGGACGCGGCAUGUACAGACUGGACACUGGAAGAAAUUAUCCAUAUUAAAUUAUUUUAGACCUGACGAUAAUAUUGACAAAUUAUGUUUGGCUUCUCGACAAAUAAAUUGCUAAUAAAUACUCA